AUGUCUAAUAGUAAUUUAUUCUUAAAGUCUGGUUUUGUCCGCGCACCGCUUCAAAAUGGAGUCGGACGAUACGUCUGUCAAUUACAACGAAUUGUUUUGAAAUUUUGUAAAAGCCAUGGAGGAAGUAGAGGCCUACGUGACUUUAUAGAACAAGAUUUAGUUGAUUUUGCUUCAAAUAACCCUGGUGUUGUGGUCUACUUGAAGCCUCGUAGACACCGCAGUCCAGUUGUUGUCGCCGAAUAUUUAAACGGUGAUAGGGUGUGGAUGAACAUGCAUAACAAAACGCAUUCAGAAAUAACCAAGUGGAUUGAAGUUUUACGCACGCAACAAGGAGAUAUAGCAUCAACCCGCCUCCGCAAAUAUCAAUACACCGACUACCCGUCGGUUCAAGGUCCUUGGACACCUUUUACAUUUAAAGAUCCAAAACUUAAUGUUGCUGAAUUGCCGAACGAGGAGUUUGGCGCCAACAACAGGUUGCCAAUGUCUGCUACAGAGCAAUUGAGAAUUAUGUUUGAAAAACAGACACUUGAUGUAAAACCACAGGAAGAAUAA